AAGCACUUGCUAAGUAACAUUUCGACUGCUACAGCAGCGAUGAAGAAGAAAACCGGAAGUGUAAUUUUUCCUCCUGCUGGCGAUAGCGUAAGCUACUUUGGUGUCAUCGUCUUAUCGGAUUGGGGUUGGCAACAGAAACAACAACCUUAUUUCGUGUCCAGCCACGAAUACAUAUUUUCGUUGGGGUUUCUGGAGAGAUGAACAACAACGGGAACAAAAGAGCUCCAACUACAGCCACUCAGAGACUUAAGCAGGAUUACCUCAGGAUAAAGAAAGACCCCGUGCCUUACAUUUGUGCAGAGCCCCUUCCCUCCAACAUCCUAGAAUGGCACUAUGUAGUCAGAGGUCCUGAGAAAACCCCGUAUGAAGGUGGAUAUUACCAUGGAAAACUUAUAUUUCCCAGAGAAUUCCCUUUUAAACCACCAAGUAUCUACAUGAUAACGCCAAAUGGGAGAUUUAAGUGCAACACAAGGUUAUGUUUGUCCAUCACAGACUUCCACCCGGAUACGUGGAACCCAGCGUGGUCCGUCUCGACGAUCCUCACGGGUUUGCUCAGCUUCAUGGUGGAAAAAGGACCCACUCUUGGCAGCAUUGAGACCUCUGAUUACACAAAAAGACAGCUAUCAGCCCAAAGCCUGGCUUUCAACCUCAAAGACAAAGUAUUCUGUGAGCUGUUUCCCGAUGUAGUUGACGAGAUGAAGCAGAAACAGAAGGCCCAGGAGGAGCUUAACGCCCGUACACAGCCUCUCCCCUUACCUGAUGUGGUGCCUGACGGAGACCCCCAGCAAGCCCACUAUGGCCUCCCAGCCCUCAACGGUGGUCCUGCCCAACUAGGGGGUGCCAACCCCGCCCCUGGCCAGCAGCAGGCCAAUCGUAACCAUGGACUACUAGGUGGGGCUCUAGCCAACCUCUUUGUGAUUGUAGGCUUUGCAGCAUUUGCCUACACAGUGAAGUACGUGCUGAGGAGCAUAGCGCAGGAGUGAGAGGAGCCGGUGUUUUAGGGCAGCGCUCCCCUCCCCCUGCAGGUGAGCCAACUAGUGGACUCGAUAUUCUACAAACACACUACGUGAGGUGGGGAGGGAUGUUCAUUCCCGAUCAAACCCCUCCACAACCACAACCUCCACCACCACCACCACUACUACCACUACCAACAUGGACUUUGGAAGAAAAAAACUCAAAGCCCACCUAGCCAGGAAGGACUGAGGGAA